AUGGAGAAGAACUCAACAAGCUCAACGUCUCUCCCUCUGGCCGGUCGUGUAGCCAUAGUGACCGGAGCCACAAGAGGCAUUGGCCGUGCCAUUGCGGUCCACCUCCACACACUUGGCGCAAGAGUCACUCUCAAUUAUACAGAACAAGAGUUCGAAUCAAAAGUUCACAUCCUUGUGAAUUGUGCAGGUGUUUUGGACCCUAAGUAUCCAUCUUUAUCCGAGACCACACUUGAAGAUUUCGAUAAAACAUUCAGAACAAACACAAGAGGAGCUUUCUUGUGCUGCAAGGAAGGUUGGGGCUCUCUCUCGCCAGGUUAUGGAGUUUACACGGCCUCAAAGGCAGCGGUGGAGACAAUGGUGAAAGCGUUGGCAAAGGAACUGAAGGGAAGUCGGAUAACCGCGAAUUGCGUGGCGCCAGGGCCAAUUGCGACGGAGAUGUUCUAUGCAGGAAAGAAUGAUGAAAUGGUGAAGAUGCUUGCAGGGGCGUGUCCUAUGGGGAGGAUUGGUGAGCCAAAGGAUGUUGCCGAAAUUGUAGGGUUUUUGGCCGGUGAUGGUGGAGAAUGGAUUAACGGUCAGGUUAUUAGAGCCAAUGGAGGCUUUGUUGUUUGA